ACAGAAAAAAGUUUUGUAGCUUUGGGUCCUUUCCAUUUGGUCACCUUUGCAAUUUCCACCAUGGGAAGGGGAAAAUACAAGAGCAAGCCCACUGGUCGCCGCCAAUUUUCUACCCCGGAGGACCUCAUUGCUGGUACCUCAACCCGUCCUAGGUCUUUUAAACAGAAAGAAGCCGAGCAUGAAGAGGAGGAAUCUGAGGAAGCUUCCGGGGAUGAAUCUGAAGAAGAAUCCGAAGAAGGAACUACCAAGACAAAAGGUACUCAAGGGGUUAUCGAGAUUGAAAACCCUAACUUAGUAAAGCCGAAGAGCUUGAAAGCUAGAGACGUUGAUGUUGGGAAAACAACUGAGCUUUCAAGGCGUGAAAGAGAGGAGCUAGAGAAACAGAGAGCUCAUGAGCGCUAUAUGAAGCUGCAAGAGCAAGGAAAAACAGAACAAGCCAAGAAAGAUUUAGAGCGUUUAGCUCUUAUACGUCAACAAAGGGCAGAAGCUGCUAAAAAGCGAGAAGAAGAGAAAGCUGCCAAAGAACAGAAGAAGGCUGAAGCACGCAAGUAAAUCUUCUGGAGGAUGUCGUGUGACCUAGUUUUAAUCCAUAUUUGCUCGAGGAAUCUUUGCCCUUACUACAUUUUAACAAGUUCAUUUAGCUUUAUAUUGGAUAUUACCAUACAUGUAAUGCAAUUAUUUCCUCAUUGUGUGUGGCUCGAAAUCUUUAUUGUAUGUACUUUUUUCUCCAUGUCUGGCCAAGGGAAGUAGUUUCUUUUUCUGGCC